AUGAGUCAAAUAGCACAACAAUUGGAAAGCCCUCAGCAACCUGGUGCUCUUCCUAGUGCCACAGUUACGAAUCCCAAAGACCAUAAUAAUGUGAGCGCUAUAGUAACUAGAAGUGGUAAAGCGAAAGAAGUUGUUGAGGAGAUUGCUGAAGAAGGAGAACCAUUGCUUGAAGUGGACGUAGAAAUAAAAGAGAAUGAAGCACAAGUGGAAGACUUAGAUGUGUUGGAACCAACAACUAAAGGGAAGACUAGGGAACAAAAACCGGAAAUCAAAUUACCCUUUCCAACAAGACAUAAGAAGAAAGGGCAGCACGAGAAAAACUUUCAAAAAUUCUUGGAAAUGUUUAAGAAACUUGAGUUGAACAUACCAUUCCUGGAGGCGUUAGAACAAAUGCCUACAUAUGCCAAGUUCAUGAAAGAUAUCAUCUCAAAGAAAAGGACAACCGAUUGUGACCCAAUUAUUAUAACUGAAACUUGUAGUGCUAUUUUGCAGGGUAUGAAGAUUCCGGUGAAGAAGAAAGACCGAGGCUCUAUAACUAUUCCUUGUACUAUUGGGGAUAGAUCAUUUAAAAAGGCUCUUAUUGACUUAGGAGUAAGUGUUAGCCUUAUGCUGCUAUCCAUCUACAAGAGAUUGGGAAUUGGUAAAGUUCAAGAUACAAGAAUGACACUCCAAUUUGCAGAUCAUUAUGUAAAAAGACCGUACGGGAUAGUAGAAGAUGUGCUCGUAAAAAUAGAUAAGUUUGUGUUUCCAGUGGAUUUUGUAAUUUUAGAGAUGCCAGAAGAUGAAGAAAUUUCGAUCAUUCUGGGGAGACCAUUCUUAGAGACCGGGAGAUGUUUGAUAGACAUAGAAGAGGGCAUGAUGACCUUGAAGGUGUAUGAUGAAGAGUUAAAAAUUGAUGUGUGA